UCUUUACAUGAAGUCUCAAGCAUGAAAGCGCAGAACAGUGAAGCAGACAGCUCUUUUUCCUCUAGAUAGAGUCGGGUGCGGUCAGCCGCACCCACUAUAAUCGUCAUUUUUGGACGGGCACUUCCCUCGCGUCAAACGCGAGUCAGGGGCGGUUUGACAUUUUGUUCUAUGUUUUGAGGUUUUCUUUCAAUUUUCAUUUUUGACGAAAAUCGACUUCCGGCACGAUCGAUCGUGCCCUUUGCCCCCUUCCCGCUGCUUUCUCUCCGUCCGCUGCUCUCUCUGAUCGAUCGUGUCAUCCACCGGCGGCAUCCUCUCCGUCCGGGUCCACUGCUCUUUCUCCGAUUUUUACCUCCACAGCCAGCAUCAUCUCCGUCCUGAUUUAGACAAACACAUACCUCUCUCUCCGUCCGCUGCUCUCUCUCCAUAUUCUGAUCGAUCGUGUCCUCCACCGGCGGCAUCCUCUCCGUCCGGCAUCCGCUGCUCUCUAUCCGAUUUCUACCUUCACCGGCGGCAUCUUCUCCGUCCUGAAAUGGCUUAAUCGCCGUUGGUUGUCCUCAGAAGAACGAUCGGACUGCUGACUGCUCCCGUGCUCUAUUCUUCUUUCACAUCUUUCCACUUUUCUUCACUCACGAAAGAAGCUGCAUUUUAGGAAGCCGUUAAAUCAUGGAAGUUGUUACUGCAUACCGCCAUCUUCUUAAAGCUGUUGACAAACACAUUGGUGGGGAAGGAACUAAAAGACACUUUAGAGAUUUUAUAGUUCAGGAGUUCAGAAAAAGCAUUAAUCUAUCAGAUCAACAUGCUAUUCAGCAGAAGAUAAAGCUUGCAAAGGAUUACUCAUUUAUGCUUAAUAGUGUACACCAUCAUAAGCACCUACUUUUCUCUUACAACAUAGCCGUGGAUAGGGCUGAUGAAAUGAGGAGAACAAUCAGCAAGUCUGCCGCUAAUGUUGGUCUUCGGCUCCCUGAUGUUUAUCAUCCCUGAGAUCUGGCUAUUCUUGUUUUACUUUUUUCUUCUCAUUUGAGGUUGGAAGAGUUGCUAAUAGUGUUGCUUUAGUGAAUUGUGCGACACCCUGCAAAAUCAACUUUGAACUGAAUUGUCGGAUACAGCAUUUAAGGAAUGAGCUUAACAGUCACUUAAAUUUUCCACUUCUAAUGGGGAUUCAGAUAUGCACUUUGUGCUGGCCACA